AUGCCCACCCCCAACAAUACCCGCCAUGCAAAAGUCAUCGAUAAGCGCGAUUUCGAUGCCGGUCGACCUUUUCUCCUUCGCGAUACUGAAGAUGAGGAGGAAGAUAGUGAUAUUGGCCGUGGGAGAGACAGAGGUGAGCUGCGUGGUGAUGGCCGCAGCCACAACGGCCAUGCCGGUCACGGCGACGGUGACGACUACGGUGAUGUCGCCUGCGAAAUUAGUGAGCGGGAUAGGAAGACGUGGAAGCGACAAGUGGUAAAGGUCGUGAGCUUUACAUGGGGAGUUGGGAGUGCACUCUGCGCCGGAAGCAUAACCGCAUUCUCCCUCUACGGACCCCUCCUCCAAACCCGCCUCCAUUACUCUCAGUUCCGCGUCAAUGCCGUCGCCGUCGCCGCUGCGGUUUCCAUGUAUCUCCCGGUGGCAUUUUUCGGUUAUCUCUGCGAUAGAUACACCCCGGGCCCUAUAUCGUUAAUUUCUGCCUUCCUUUUCGGCAGUGGCUACCUCCUCGCGGCAUUCACGUACAAAUCCGGACCGCCGCUUGACGUGGGCGGCACGGGCUGGCCCUUCGCGGUUAUGGUUAUAUCCUUUGUUGGCGUGGGUGCUGGCACAUGCUGCAUGUAUCUCGCCGCCGUCACGACGUGUGCGAAGAACUUUGGCCGCGGGAAACGCAAGGGCAUUAUGCUUGCACUGCCUAUUGCGGCUUUUGGGCUCAGUGGCAUGUGGCAGAGCCAGGUGGGGAGUCACCUGCUCUAUGAGCGUGGGCCGGAUGGGCAGAAGGGCGAUGUCGAUGUGUUCAAAUAUUUCCUUUUCCUGGGGAUAUUGUUGAUUGUCGUUGGGGUUGGUGGGACAUUUGCGUUGCGCAUUGUGGAUGAAGAAGAGAUGAUCGAUGAGGCAGUGGAGGAGCUGGAGCGGAGUGGGAUGAUUGGCCAAAAUGACUUUUUUCGCUCGAGAGAGGAGAUUCGGGCUGCUAUGGCUUCUUCGUCCGUUUCGUAUGGUACUAUGGAUGGCAUCGUGGCCGGGGCCGACACACCCAUCGAGACUGAUGCUCAAUCCCUCACGCUUUCGCAGGAGGAACGGGACGACUACCAGAAAGAGGAUCGGAGGAAGAAGGACUGGCUGCUUAACCAAGAGACGAGGCUGUUCUUGAAAGAUAGGACAAUGUGGUGGCUUGCUGUUGGGUUCUUUUUGAUAACGGGCCCUGGGGAGGCAUAUAUAAAUAAUGUCGGCACCAUAAUCCCAACCUUAACCCCUCCCUCAUACCCUCCCAACCUUGCACCUCCCGCUGGCAGCCGGGCAACUCACGUCACAUCCAUCGCCCUAACCUCCACCUUCGCCCGCCUCUUAACCGGUUACCUAUCCGACCUCUUCGCCCCGUCCCCAACCCACUCCCACCUCCAACCCGUCUCCUCCUCCCCCACCGCAUCCCAGCAACCGCAAUCCAGCCUCAUCCGCCGCACAACGUUCUCCCGCCUAACCUUCCUCCUCCCCUCUGCCCUCCUCCUGUCCCUCGGCUUCCUCUUCCUCGCCACACCCAUCCCCCUCUCCGCUCCGCAAUCCUUCCACCUAACCACCGCGCUCGUGGGCGUCGGCUACGGCGCCUCCUUCGCGCUCGUCCCCAUCAUCAUCUCCGUCGUGUGGGGCGUGGAGAACUUCGGAACGAAUUGGGGUGUUGUUGCCAUGUUUCCCGCAGCGGGGGCCGCGGUUUGGGGUGCGGUUUACUCUGCCUGCUAUGAGGCGGCGAGGAGGACGGGAAAUUGGCUUGAUUUGCCGUUGCCCAUGGAAAUACAGAUAGAUAGCUCCGCUCUUUGGAUCCGGGAUUGCAAUCAUCUGAGCAAAAUUGAGCAGAAUUUGUGA